UUCGCAAUAAAGAAAUUUAUUUUUAUUUAUUUUUUAUAUUGAUUUUCUUUGGGGAAUAAACACCCAAAUCCAAAAUAAAACACAAAAUAACAUCGAUACCUACUACAGAAUUUAUUUUUGCUCUGCUUGUUCUUGUUCGUUAUUGUUAUUAAACGACAACAAAAACAACAACAACAAAUAGUACAUGGAUUUUCUUUCAUGUGUGUAAAAACAAACUGUUGUUGUUGUAAGUGUCAGUGAGUGAGUGAGUGAGUGCGUGUAAAGACAUAAAAGAACGUGCGUUUAUUAUUGUAACAUUAUUUCGUUUCGUGUUCAGUUAUGUUCUGUUGUGUUCAGUUCUGUUUUAUUUUGUUUUGUUCUGUUUCGUUUGAGUGUUUUAUGACAAUUUAAAAAGGGGCGUUAUUUACAGCGUGUCUUUGUUAUUGUGUCGGGGUAUUACAACUACUACAACCAACACUUCAGCAGCUCCUUCCGCAACUUCUACUGCUGCUCCUGCUUGUGUGCUUUUCGCUUUGUUUGUUUGUAGUGGUGCCAAUCUUGCCUGUGGACUCGUUUUGUCAUUACUUGACAAGUGACACCUGAGUUUAAACAAAAUCACUGUGAUAUUCUGGCAUUUAACAACAACAUAAAGUUCAACUUUAAUACAACAACAUAACUGAACCAACAAUACUGGCGAUUGAACAACAAUUAAAUUAAAAACAUACACACACCCAUUAAUUCAACACAUGCCAACAAAAGCAUGAAACAAAACUUAAUUAUCAUUAGCAUAUGAUUACAACAACAAUAUUUAACCAAAGUCAAAAGAGAAACACACAAGAGAAACAAGAGAAAAAAACGAAAACUCAGCCAACUGUAUUCGAAUAAUUACAAACAAUACUAGCAGCAACACAACCAACAGCAUCUCUAAGAAAUAACUGUUAAAAGGUGAACAGUUGCAUGACGAUAAAACGUACUACGAACAGGUGUUUAACGAAAAAUAUUGUCAGGAAUAUAAAUCAACAAGCGUAACGGCAGCAAUUGUGCCCAACAAGACACAGACAAUAAAAGCAAUAAUUUCGAAUAUUUAUGUACUUCAUACUCCUGAUUAACACCUAUUUACGCAGCAGCUACAACAAUUGCAACAACUGUAAAGUAUAAGCGGAGCAUUAAAAGGCAAAACAGCAACAUGUCAUUGUUAAAUAAAUUGAGUAAGAAAUUACGUUGGCUACGGUGGUCUACCGUGUUUGCCAUUGUGUUUUAUAUGUUUUUCAUUGGUCUGAUACUGCAUUCGACCACAUAUAAAUUGCAACAUUCACUUAAAAAUCCCCCAAAUGCACAACAGCAGCAGCAACAGAAUUUCAUGCAACAUUAUUCCCUCGAAUGGAGUGAGAAAUGGCGAGCACAGCAUGCAACAGGAAAUAAAAUUGUGCCAGCAUCAGAUAUAGACACAAAAAAGACUUUAUCCUCCUCGUCCUCUUCCACCUCUCACUCCUCAUCAUCAUUGUCAUCAUCGUUAUCAUUAACAGCAGCAGCUGCAGGUGCUGGUGCUUUGGCGGCACCAUCAAAAUCACUAAAGGUUGUUGGUGGCGGCAAUGUUGGCAAGCAACAAAAGAAAAACUCUGUAUCAUCACCGGAAACUGUUAUUUUGGUUGCAAGUUCCGCCAGUGAGAAACAAAUUUUGGAAAAGGCUUUUAAACGAGCCGAUCGCAACCAUGACAACUACUUGACCAUCAAAGAACUGGGACAAUAUAUCAAUAAAAACAUAGUGGACCAUAUAGAUGAGGCUAUACAACUCAAUCCCCGGGAAUUUCGUCGGGUGGAUAUAGCACCCGCCGAUGGCCUUAUAACCUGGGAAGAAUAUCAUCGUUUCUUUUUGAAAGAACACGGCAUGACCGAAGCCGAUAUCGAUGAGCACAAUGAAAUCAAACACACUGCUUUAAAUCGUAAGGCCCGUGAAGAUAUGAUGCGCGACAAGGCGAGAUGGUCUGAGGCGGCCAGAACGGACCUAUUCACUUUAACGAUUGAUGAGUAUCUAUCCUUUCGUCAUCCCGAAUCGAGUAUUUCAAAUCUAUUGGAAUUGGUAGAUGAUUUACUCAGACAAUUCGAUCAGGAUGGUGACGAUCAAUUGAGUAUAGAGGAAUUUUCCGAAGUGAAUGUGGCCGAUGAUGAUGAUUUGAUAAGAAAAUCGUUGAUAUCAAAGACAGUGGUGGAGAGAAGAGAGGAGUUCAAAAGAAUUAUUGAUAAGAAUCAAGACGGCAAGGCAGAUAGAGGUGAACUGUUGAAUUAUGUUAAUCCCAAGACACCCAGAUAUGCUCUGCAGGAGGCUGCCACUUUAUUUAGUUUAUGCGAUGAUAAUCGUGAUGGUAAAUUAACUCUGAAAGAGUUAGUUUCAAAUGCUGAAAUAUUUUUAACCUCUAAAAUGAUUGAUACUGCCCAAAGUUUUCACACGGAAUUUUAAAUCUCUUGGUUAUAAUUGCUCUCUGUCUCUGUCUGUGAAUGGAUCCUUUCCUGCAUAAAUAUUUUAUAAUACUCAUACAUACAUAUCUUUGUCUUAACUCAACAAUUUGAAAGUAAUUUUAGUCAAUUUUUAAAUACUUGCUAACUAUAUAAUUAAAAUUACUCAACAACAUUUUUUUGCACAGAAUUUUUUGAAGACUUUAGUCUCAAAAUAUUAAUAAAGAUUUGUGACGAAAUUGCUUUAAUUUUCUUGCAUAAAAAACCUACAAUUUGAAUAAAUAAUUUUUAAGAGAAAUUCAGAUUUUUUUCAUAGUUUGCUUUAUUGACUGUCAUUCUUAAUCCUCCUAUCUAAAGUUAAUAACUUAGUUUCCUUAAAUUCUGUGCAACAGAAACCAGUUGAGUAGAUAAUAUUUUCGGCCAUAAUGUAAAUAAUUUGUUAAAUUUUUGUAUCUUUUUUUGUUAACCGUCCUUUGGAAUUACAAUAAUGUGUUUUUUCUAACAAAAGCAACAACUUUUUUAGCAAUAUCUUUGAAAACAAACUAAAAUAAAUUUAAAUUUAAAUAACAACAAAAGCGAAAAGGAAAUGUGAAAUUAUAUAGUGAUAUUAUAUUUAAGUUCUUAAAUCGACUCACACAUACAAAUAUACUUACACACAUACACGUACAAAUACACACCCAUAUAUUCAUACACAAAUGAUAAAACACUCCUUUUAGUUACAAAAAAAAAAGAAAACAAAUAAAAUUAUUAAAUAAAUGUAUUGAAAUUGUAUUUGUAUAAAAUGGAAAAUAAAAACAUUUUCUUAAAAUUAUGAAAAAUAAGAGUAAAA